AUGGCGGCCCCUCAGGCGGAAAGACACUGCUCGGACCAGCCUCCCACAGAUCGCCGCGAGCGCACACUGGGCCCCGACCUAACGAAUGUCGUCGACGGCCUGCUCCUAGAGGUGCAGACCCUGACGCGCCUACUCGACUCGGAGAAAGCGAAGUCAUCUCAGGCUGAGGCGGAGAUGCAGAGGCUCAACGCAACAAUCCAACAGCAGGCGCAGGGUGGCCGGAGGCUGGAGUGUGAAGUGGAGAAUUGGAAGUCGGUGGCACUACGCUUCCGCGAGAGCACCGCCAGAUGCCACGGUGCGGCAAACAGGGUUUUAUCUUUGUUAGAGGAGAUAAAAGAGCCGGAGUUACCUUUCACUCAGAUGCUACUGGGAGGCGAAAAUCCGCAAAACAACGUUCCCAAGUGA